GCUGCAGCUGCAGGAGCCGAGCGAGAGCCGCGCAGCCGCCGCCGCCGCCGCCGCCGCCGGGGGAUGUGGCCGGCCCCCACCCCGAGCCGCGCCGCCUCCUGAGUGCCCACAGCCGCCCGUGCCGCCGCCGCCGCCGCCGCCAAGCCGUGCGGAGCCAGGCCGCGCCCUCCCCGGGCGCUCGUCGGCUCGCAUGCCGAGGGGCUCCGGGGCGUAGCUGCGCGCCCGGCGCCGCCUCCGGGCUUCUCCGGCCCCGCCAUGGGCUGCUGCAGCUCCGCCUCCUCCGCCGCGCAGAGCUCCAAACGAGAAUGGAAGCCACUGGAGGACCGUAGCUGCACAGAUAUACCAUGGCUGCUGCUUUUUAUCCUCUUCUGCAUUGGGAUGGGAUUUAUUUGUGGCUUUUCAGUAGCAACAGGUGCAGCAGCGAGACUAGUGUCAGGAUACGACAGCUAUGGAAAUAUCUGUGGGCAGAUAAAUGCAAAGUUGGAACCAAUACCAAACAGUGGCAUGGACCACACUCAUCGGAAGUAUGUAUUCUUUUUGGAUCCAUGCAAUCUGGACUUGAUAAAUCGGAAGAUCAAGUCUGUAGCACUGUGUGUAGCAGCAUGUCCAAGACAAGAACUGAAAACCCUGAGUGAUGUUCAGAAGUUUGCAGAGAUGAAUGGUUCAGCACUAUGUAGCUACAACCUAAAGCCUUCUGAAUAUACUACAUCUUCAAAAGCUUCUGUUCUUUGCCCUAAACUACCAGUUCCAGCGAGUGCACCUAUUCCAUUCUUCCAUCGCUGUGCUCCUGUGAACAUUUCCUGCUAUGCCAAGUUUGCAGAGGCCCUGAUCACCUUUGUCAGUGACAAUAGUGUCUUACACAGGCUGAUUAGUGGAGUAAUGACCAGCAAAGAAAUUAUAUUGGGACUUUGCUUGUUAUCACUAGUUCUAUCCAUGAUUUUGAUGGUGAUAAUCAGGUAUAUAUCAAGAGUGCUUGUGUGGAUCUUAACCAUUCUGGUCAUACUGGGUUCACUUGGGGGCACAGGUGUACUGUGGUGGCUGUAUGCAAGGCAAAGAAGGUCUCCCAAAGAAACAGUUAUUCCAGAACAGCUUCAGAUAGCUGAAGACAAUCUUCGGGCCCUCCUCAUCUAUGCCAUCUCAGCUACAGUGUUCACAGUUAUCUUGUUCCUGAUAAUGUUGGUUAUGCGCAAACGUGUUGCUCUCACCAUUGCCUUGUUCCAUGUGGCUGGCAAGGUCUUCAUUCACUUGCCCCUGCUAGUCUUCCAACCCUUCUGGACUUUCUUCGCUCUUGUCCUUUUUUGGGCAUACUGGGUCAUGACACUCCUUUUUCUUGGUACUACUGGCAGCGCUGUUCAGAAUGACCAAGGCUUUGUGGAGUUCAGAGUUUCUGGGCCUCUGCAGUACAUGGGGUGGUACCAUGUGGUGGGCCUGAUUUGGAUCAGUGAAUUUAUUCUGGCAUGUCAGCAGAUGACAGUGGCUGGAGCCGUGGUAACAUACUAUUUUACUAGGGAUAAAAGGAAUUUGCCAUUUACACCUAUUUUGGCAUCGGUGAAUCGCCUUAUUCGUUAUCACCUCGGUACUGUGGCAAAAGGGUCUUUCAUUAUUACAUUAGUCAAAAUUCCACGAAUGAUCCUUAUGUACAUUCACAGUCAGCUCAAAGGAAAGGAAAAUGCUUGUGCUCGAUGUGUGCUGAAAUCUUGCAUUUGUUGCCUUUGGUGUCUUGAAAAGUGCCUAAAUUAUUUAAAUCAGAAUGCAUACACAGCCACAGCUAUCAAUAGCACCAACUUCUGCACCUCAGCGAAGGAUGCCUUUGUCAUUCUUGUGGAGAAUGCUUUGCGAGUGGCUGCCAUCAACACAGUGGGGGAUUUCAUGUUGUUCUUAGGCAAGGUGCUGAUAGUCUGCAGCACAGGUUUGGCUGGGAUUAUGCUGCUCAACUACCAGCAAGAUUACACAGUAUGGGUGCUGCCUCUGAUCAUUGUCUGCCUCUUUGCUUUCCUGGUUGCUCAUUGCUUCCUGUCCAUUUACGAAAUGGUUGUGGAUGUAUUAUUCUUGUGUUUUGCCAUUGAUACAAAAUACAAUGAUGGGAGCCCUGGCAGAGAAUUCUAUAUGGAUAAAGUGCUGAUGGAGUUUGUGGAAAACAGUAGGAAAGCAAUGAAAGAAGCUGGUAAGGGAGGCGUUGCUGAUGCCAGAGAGCUCAAACCGAUGGUAGGUGGAGAUGAGGAGGUGGCCGCCUCCCAAGAAUUUCACUUUCACUUCCUCUCUCUCUCUGUCUUCACUGACUGCACUUCUUCAGGAGAAGCUUUUGUUAUCUGUGUCACGCAGGACAUGCUGCUCUUUCUGUUUGUGUGUUUACCCAUCACUUGGAUGGCAGAAUUCUUGUCACAACUGAGACCACCUUCUGUAAAAGUAAGCUGAAAGGAACAGCAUCUUCUUCAGUGUUCACGGCGGGGUAGGGGAUAUUUUUGUCCCUACGGUGAAAUUGUGGUUUCUGUUUUUUUCUUUUUAACUGUCAGUGUUUAGUUUUCAUCAGACUGUAUGUGUAAUUGUAAUACGUGAACUGACAGUUUGAUUUUAUCAUUUUGGAAGGUGAUAAUAGUAAUUCCUUUCAACUUGCUAAAAUUCAUAUUCCUUCUUUUUUUAAUAUUAGCUUUGUUUAUGUUGCUGUCUUUUCCCCUUUACUGACUUUUUCUUCUGUUGCCUGGAUUGUACUUACUUUGUUUCUUAAGCUGUUUUCAGUAGCAAACAAGGCUGUUUCCAUCAACAUACGCAAAUUCCCACUCAGUAAGACAAACUGGUCUUCUCCAACCUCAGCAUAAUUGUGAGAGGGAUAAAUUAUAUCUGGUCAGAGAAUAUAUAUAUAUAUAUAUACACACACACACACAAAAUAAAAUAAAUAUAUAUACAAAACCACUCUAUUUUCAUUUGAGAAGAUCACCUUAAUCAGUUUAAGAGAAUCCUGAGUUGCUUUUCCCAUAAAUUUUCUCACCAUUGCAUAAGGACAGAUGUCCAUAGCUCAUUUUGCUCUAAUUACUGCUUAUUUACUUUACAAAUAUAUUGUCCUUAAAUAGCAUGUUUAUCUCAAAAUAUUAUCUAAUAGCUUGCAUCCUUAAACAGUUAAUUUUAAAUAAUGCCCAAAAGUGUGAGGUGAAGACUCUCUUUUCUUUCUUCUUUAUAUUGUAAUAAAUCAUUUGGUUUAUAGAUUUCCAACUUAAGAAACAUACAGUAUACACCAAGCCCAUGUCACUAUGUAAGAGUAAAUGAAAUGGGUUAGUUUCAGGAGUAGGGGCUAUAUAUAUAGGCAUAAUGAUUACAUAUUCAACCUAAAAUAAAGCCUCAGCAGAAUGUUUAGAUAUAAACUCUUUCUUCUGUAACCCCUUCCAGGGCCUAUUUUGGUUUUGCACAUUUAGUAACAUUGAUAAUUAUAAAGUCAAAAUGUCAGUGUUUAAAUUCCCAACGCAAAGAUCAGUCUAAUCAUAAGUCAAAGGGUAUAGAAUGGUCAUCCAGCUCUUAGUUUAAGUGUUCAUCAGCCAGAGCAGGCAAGAAGGUGCCAAUCAGCCCUCCCUCCCUCCGGUUCCUUGCCCAAAGAAGGGAAUCCCUCCUUUCUGUAUCCCCCUAACUUUUACAUAGGCUGAAGGGAAUAGUAGUGAAGAUUCUGCCGACCUCCUUAUGGUAUAUGGGAAAAAUGAGGAAGGCUUCUUUCUUGCCACUCUUUGGUUUCCUUAUUGUUCAGGAAAUAGGUUCCAAGCCUAAAACUUAAAACAUGUAAAAUCUUAAAAUGCAAACCAUCCUUAAACUUUUCUGUCUUCCAUUGUUGAAGCUUCCAUUAAAUUAUUCUUAAGUAAUAAGCAUUUAAAGAAAGGGAGAAAAAUUUGGAGGUUUAAGACUAGCCAGUUUAACCAUGAAUUGGCAUAUAUUUCUAUCUUAUUCUUUAGUGAAAGAGAGAUGAAUUGUCGUAGACCAGAAUGCUAAUAUACCCUCUCCUACCAAAACCCCUAACUCAUAGGUAAUAAUACUAGAAUUGACCAGGUUAUGCGGCAUUCUACCAGAAGCCAAAAAUUUAGAGGUUAUUUUUCACCUGAUACUAAUUUCAAUUUUUAAUUAAUGUCCUCUAACUCAAAAAAUGCAUUAGGAUCUUCAUUCAGUAUUUGCUUUUAUUUUAUGUUGUUCAUCAUUUCAUUGCAGAUUAAUAGCUGUGCCUCAAAUCUGCUGUAUCUCAAAAUGCAUCUUUUAUGUUCAUCAUUCUUCUGGUGCUUUGGGCAUUGUAGCAUUUGUUCCCUAAGAAUAAUGUUUUAUGUGGUUAAAAAACUCCCCAGGAGAUAAAUGUGAAAUGUAGCCCACCGGGUAGUUAAAUUUUUAGGCACAUCAGUACCUCUAAUUCUUACCUCUCUGUCACAGUAUGUAUGAUAAGAGUUGACACCUACUACUACCACUGCCAUCUUGUCCAUGGCCCUAAAGAAUUAUCUGAGAAAUUCUACUUUAAAGUUUGGGGGGUUGGUAGAAUUUAAGAUUACUUAUUGGUAUUUGCUUGCUUUAGUUUACAUGUUAUUUGUUCCCUUAAAGGAACAUCCUAUAAAAGAGCAUCAUACCUAUUUUACUAUGUCUGUGGAAACACUGCUGUUUGAGCUCAUUUCACUAUCUUCUUCCUUAAUGGGGUAUUUUAAUUUAGUGUUUAUUUUUAGCUUAUAAAAUGAUAUUCAGGAAAAUGAUGUUUCAAAUUUUCCUUUUGACAGGGGAUCACUGAACUAAAUAUAAGUACUUCUAGUUUUUCUCUUGGGCUUUUUUUUUUUUUGAGAAAACCUCACUAGUUAAGAAAACUUAGGUUUGUGAGGUCCUUCUAUAAAAUUUGAAAAUGAUUUUAGAAAAAUUUUCCAAUGCAAUAUAGAGGUUUAAGAAAGAGAUUUUCUGACCAUCUGCUUGUACAGGAAAGAAUUUACAGAGGAAAGAAGAAAAAACCUGGGCCUAAAACAACAUAAUGUAUUCUGUGCAUAUCUCAGAUAUUAUCUAAAAGGAAGGGUGACUUUCAACAUUCAUAGGAAUUUGAGCCCCUGGGAUAUAGUUUCAGGGGAGGAUUCUCAGUCCAUUUUGCUUUGCUGCUGUUUGUGACCAUCUGUAUUUGUACAUCAUUCAUGAUCUCCUUUCAGUGGUAAUUGUCUAAGAUUAUACUCUGUAUGACUUUGUUUUCUAGGCUUCGGGAGCAAGUUCUGCUUGAACCUAGCCGACGGUUAUGGAACCCAUUGACAUUCCAAAACAAUAUAUACACAUAACUAUG